CGUCAUAAUGGUUUGAAUUGAGUCGCUGACUUUGUUGUCACGUGCUCCUGAGGCUCAGGUCUUAUUAUGGUGGACUCAGUGGACAUGUCGGGGACCAGCGGUGCCCCGGUCUCUGUGUCUAACCGGUAUCAAACAAUCCCGCUGCCGGAGUCUGACGCACACUUCCCCGGACAGCCAUACUCCGUGUCCGUGCUUAAAGUGGGGUACUGUCUUCCUCAGCCCGACGGGACGUUCAGAGCCGACGGUACCAUCACCCUCAUAACAGGACCCAAGACUAUUCUGGUGGACACGGGGGGGCCGUGGGACCGGGACUUUCUCCUCAUGUCGCUGAAAGAGAGGGGUCUGGAACCGGGAGACAUCAACUUGGUCGUGGGGACUCACGGGCAUUCAGACCACAUUGGAAAUCUGGGACUUUUUCCAACAGCUGUAACGAUUGUAGGAAAUGACAUCAGCCAAGGGGACACGUACCGUCCUAACAGGCUGGCACAGGGUCACGCUUACACUGUUGAUGAACAUAUAUAUGUAGUUCCAAGUCCAGGCCACACAGGACAAGAUGUCAGCGUUCAAGUGAAGGGAACCUCAGCAGGCACUCUGCUCGUUGCAGGGGACUUAUUCGAAUGCUGCUCAGACGAGGACAGCUGGCGGGAUGUGAGUAUGAACACAGCAGUGCAGGAGGUCAGCCGCCAAGAGGCGUUACGCACUGCUGACAUCAUCAUACCGGGACAUGGACCCCCAUUCAGAGUCCUCAGGAACUGAGGAACCAACAUGGAGAUCAGUUCAAUUAACAUUUGGUGGAGUUAUACAACAGAAAUGGAUCUGCUAGACAUAGGACCUGUUCAGACCUGGCAUUCACACGUGGACAGCCCUAAGUAACAGGUGUGGAUGCACCAAAGAGGGUUUAAGGACACAUUUGAGAUCCAAUCAGAUGUGUGUGGCCACAUUCUUUUGUCUGUAUGUGGUAGUGGGGGGUGGUUGGUGUCGGUGGCAGGAGGGAGAGAGUGGGCAGGUGGCUCAGGGAUUGGCACCAGGGAGAGAGUCUGAUUGUGUACAGGUGUACUGACAGUCACGACGAGUAGCUGGAGGCACAAACCCAGCAGGACAAUUGUAUAUGUAUAUGUGUGUAUGUGAUGGUCCUUGACCACAUUGAAGGACCGCCUACUCAGCUGAUGUCCUCCAACCCUCUACAGUUUCAUAAUGAGCCUAAAGGUUUUUUUUUACACCUCAUUAUUUCCCAUAUAUUGAAUUAUUUGUGGCCACCCACACAAUAUGGACACUGACUGUAUAAAUAAAAUGAUGUCAUGGUAAAGUUUUGUGCAUUUUGCAAAGCCCUGUUCUCUC